AUCUUGCUUCGCCUAUGAACACUGGAGCCCGGAGCGAGCAAGGAGUAUCCGCCUGCGACAAGUGCUUCGCCGCAUGCGGCCAGCCUUGGAGGCUUGCUCGCUCGUCGGAUCCAGCUCGUGGCUCGACAGCGACACUUGGCAGCCUCAACACGGACGACAAGAAGAUCCACAACGCGCCAGAGGGACGAGUGUGCGAUGCUAGGCGUUCGUCCCUCAGCCUUGUACACGCGCGAGAGACGAGUGUGAGAUACCAGGCACUCGUCUCUCUCCACCCUGACUUUGUAUCAGUUUGGUUCUUACCUGCCCAUAAACGAAGGCUGAUCAUUAUAUCGACUUGCAGGGCACAGAUCUUCAGUACCACAUGAUGCAGUUUACUUCCACUUCUAUUGAGAUCGAGAGUGGAUCAUGUCAAAGUGCAUGAGAGUUAC